UUUUUCUUUUUUUCUUUAUUUUCUCCAAACAUGAAUAUCAAAAUAGUUCAGCCGGAUUCAACUUACGCUCAGAUUCUCUCAGACCUUGGUAGAAGACUAUUCUCGGAGAGUUUUGCUGAUUAUAAUCUACCUGACGAUCUCAAUUCAUAUCUAGACGAUGCAUAUACACCAAAACAUCAAUUGCAAGAAUUGAACAAUCCUUCCAUGCACACCUAUAUGGCAUUCGACGAAGAUAAUAUACCUAUUGCAUUUUGUCAAUUGAGAGAGAACAAGAAUGUGUAUGAUUUUAUUAAUGAUCCAGAAGCAAUUGAAUUACAAAGGAUUUAUGUUGAUAAACGUUACGCUAGACAGGGCAUUGGAAAAAAGUUGCUUGCAGAAUGUAUUUUGAAGGCCAGACAACUCGGAAAGGAAACGAUUUGGCUUGGUGUUUGGGAACACAAUCCUUCAGGUAUCAAGUUUUAUCAAAAGGAAGGUUUCUUUAAAGUUGGCUCUCAUGCUUUUAGGAUGGGUAAUAAAGUGGAUGACGAUCAUAUAAUGAUUAAAAAGAUAUAGAGUAGUAACGUCUUGAAAGAGGAAAUACAAACGUAUAGAUAGAUAAUAGUUAGGUAUUGUUGAAGGAUCUUCGUUUAUCAAAGCAUGAAAUAAAAUAAUAAUAAUAAUAAUAAUAAUAAAAAAG